UUUUUCUUUUUCUAUGGCAGAGAUCUAUGGACAUUUAUUAAAAUCUCAUGUUUAUGUUUUGUUGUUUUGCCAGGUGUUUGCUAGUGUUUCCUAUUUCCUAUCUAAAUAAAUCAAAACAGUAGUAUAAAUUGCAAUGACCCAAACUUAUCCUACAGAUUGGGACGUAGAUCAAUAUAGAGAUGAUACUGAACCGGAAGAACAUUGGGACUUACGCAGGACAUUCAUGGAAGCUCACAAAGGAAGAUUUUCAGAACAAUAUCUUGUUGCUCUAGCUAGAACCUUUACUAACAUUGAAUUCAUGGGAUGCAUUUAUCCUGCUCCCGUAAUGACAAAAAUUGCAGAACUUUCAAAAGAUGUAGCUAAAAAGUACAGAGAACAAAAAAAGAAUAAGUUACAAAGGACAUUUGUAUCAGCAAGUAAUGCCGCGGAAAAUAAAAUAAAAAAACGAAAGUCAGACCCAGGUACUUCAUAUAAUAAAAAAAGUUAAUUCUAAGAAUUAAUUUGGUGAAUGGAUUAUGAAAAUGAAUCAAAGACAAUUAUGUUUAAUUUUUGUAACAUUUUAUAUAAAUAAAUAUACAUAAUACAAAAUUA